GGUGUUAGCUUGGCUGUUAGCUUGGCUGUUAGCCUGGGUGUUAGCUUGGCUGUUAGCCUGGCUGUUAACCAAGUCAAAGCUAAAUUCAUCCAGGAUAACCUGAAUAUCCCUUAUCCUGGUUUCGCGCAAUAGCCCUCAGCACUCGUGUCACUGCUCUAUCACUACGACAUCAUACGUACGUAAAGUGAAAGUAAGCUUGUUUGUCCUCACUCAGUUUGUCUUCGUGUUUGAACGUCCGUGCUGCCCCCUGCUGGAGUCCGCGCAUCAUCACAGCGGGCAGGGACCGGCGGGGAGGCUGGUCUCGGAUCAGUUCACACCAUAGAUACAUUUUUUAGACGGGUUGGUUUGUCAUAAACAUCAGAGAUGUAGUUAUGACACUGCGUACGCGAGUUAUGGUUAUUAAAAACGUUCAUGUACCAUCAACACAAUGUUAUGGGUGAGCGAGCUGACUGUGGUAAGAUGGCCGCCUUGUUGGUCGGUAACAAGGACGAGACAUCUGGCCUUUAUAUAUAUAUCUGUGGUUCAUACGGCUCCCAAUGAUCUACAAACAGCGGGCGCGGAGGCUGGUCUCGGAUCAGUUCACAUGGCUCUGGAGGACGUACACACAGCGGCUAGUGGGCGUAGCUGUGACCAAUAGGAACAGACAUGCAGUGUUACCAGGGAAACGGCGUUUAGUGGCCGUAAUAGGGAGAAGGUUGGACUCCGCAUCAGUAAUGCUAACGUGCUAACUGUCCAGUAGGUUUACGGUUGACUAGUAAGUAACUACUAAUUAACCCUCUACAGUGAACAUGUCAGAUUUAAGGCCCGGCGUCUGAUCCACGCCAUCCCCGCUUUUCUGACGGGGGCUUUUAUUUGGUUAGCUAGUUAGCACGGCUGUGCGGAGGCUAGCGUAGUGACUAGCUUAGCAAGCUAGUCCUCUUUUUCUAUUCUUUUACCGGCUUAACAGCGACCACAAGCCGGUUAGCAGCGAGCUAAUUACUGGGUGUAGCACGGAUGGACGUGAGCUAAUGGCCGGUACUGGGACGGUCUGACCGAGUUUUGUGUCUCUCUCUGGACGGACCCGAGUAGGUUCCAUCCACCCUGGUCCUCUUGGACGGGGCUGUGUGUGGGGGGUCAAGCCCCGGACUUUGGGACGGGAUGCUGUGGACCGGAGGGCCCGAGUACCGGUGCUGAUCAGUGCAAGAUGGACGUGUGCAGCAGGAACCCAAACCGCACGGCGCCGGUGGGUAAGGACGGGCUCCACCGGGUCGAGGCGCCGCUCUGCUCCAGGACCAACGGGUUGAGCUGGCCCCCCCACCCUUUCCAGCUGCUGGCCUGGCUGCUCUACCUCUACUUUGCGGUCACUGGCUUUGGUGUGUUCGUUCCGCUGCUGCCCCCCCACUGGAUCCCCGCCGGCUACAUUUGUACUGGCUUCACCUUCGUCUGUCACAUGUGCGUCCACGUGAUGGCCGUGUCUGUGGACCCGGCCGACCGUAACGUCAGAACCAAGAGCCACCGCGGCCCGGUGCCCGAGUUCGACCGCUCCAAACACGCCCACGUCAUCGAGAACUGCCACUGCUACCUGUGCCAGGUGGACGUAGGCCCCAAGUCAAAGCACUGCAGCGCCUGUAACAAGUGUGUUUCUGACUUUGAUCAUCACUGCCGCUGGCUCAACAACUGUGUGGGAAGCAGGAACUACAGGCUGUUCCUCCACAGCGUGGUCUCGGCUCUGUUGGGAGUCUCUCUGGUUCUGGUCGUCUCCUCCUACGUCUUCAUUGAGUUUUUUCUGGACCCGUCCAAACUCCGCUCUGACAAGCACUUCCUGGUGGGGAAUGAGACCUCUGUGUGGUUCCUCUUCCUGCCGGUGGCUCCGGUUCGGGCGGCGCCGCCUGUGAUUCCGGGCGUUGCUGCCGUCACCAUCGCGCUGGGUCUGAUGUCCUCUGUGCUGCUCUGCCACCUACUGUGCUUCCACCUCUACCUGAUGUGGAACAGACUCAGCACGUUUGAGUACAUUGUGCGUCAGCGCCACCGUCAGGACGGCAGAGACCCGGAGAAACCGGCAAACGACAAGGAGCUGGUGGAAGCGUCGCUCCGCCCCGUUGAGGACACUCUGGGCUACACCAACCCUCAGCUGGAGGCGGAGGACCCCCCCACGGCCUCCAUGCAGGGGGAGGCAGAUCCUGUGAUGAAGGAAGAGGCUCCGCCCACAACGUCUGCUGAGCUGAAAGCAGAAGAACACGCACAGCGACGGAAGAAGAAGAAGGUUCGUAAAGUUCCAGUAGUGGUCACCAGGAGGCGCUGUCCGGGUCCAGCCCCGCCCCCCGAACCCAGCAGCGUGUCCACUGUGUCCCAAGGGCAGCGGCUUCCUUUCGCCGCAUUCCCUCUGAGGUCUUCCCUGCCCCCGCUGGUGCCCCCCUCGGGGCUGGUGCAGGCUGCCGCCCCCCCCGCCGAGUACCACUCGGACUCUGCCGAGUCUCUGGAGGAGAUCCCCGUGGCGUUAGCCAAACUGGGCUCUUCGUCCUCGGCGGCUGCCGGAGACGCGUCCUCGUCUUCCCGCCGGGUGGUCCCUGCGUUCUCCCUUCCCUCCCCCCUGCCCAGGACUAAGAGAAAGGCCCCCGCCUCCUCCUCCCGAGCCCACAAGAGCGUCGCAGAGCUGAGGUUUGAGAUGGCCUCGACCCAGCCGCCCGUGGUGUUCGUCAGCCGGGCCAGCGGAGAGGCUCAGGGCGACCUCGCUCUGGGCAGGAGGCUGAACGGGUCCCGGCCCGGGUCCAGGACUGGGUCCAGGCCCGUGUCUCGGGUGUCACUGGGCUCAGGUGCAACGUCCUGGAUGGGGCUGUGAACAAUCUGAUCCCUCUGACUUCUCUUUCUAGCCACGCAGAACAAUCCUUUUUGAUUCUAGAGACUUGAUUUUGUAUCUUUUGACUAUUCAUUUGUUUUGGAUAAUGACUUUUUAAUCCCGAAGGCCAAAACUGAGUUAAUGUUGGUGCACAACCUUUAUAACUGAAGCUAAACUGAACCUGUGAAGCGUAGCUUGGUACGAGAAGCUGUGUGUUUGUGUGCAGACAACAUGGAACAUGAGCCGAAGUCCUGAUAUCACUUCCUGUCCAGCAUUGUACACCAAAUAAUGAAACAUAUAUAUCUCCAUUAUUUGUCUAUUUAACUAUUUUAAAUUAAAAAGGCCUUUUCACAACA